UCCGGGGCGCGCGCCUGGGCUGCUGCUUGGCGGCGCCUCCUCCUCCUCCUGCUCGCCAGCGGCCGGUCCCUACGCGGCGGCGGCGGCUGCGCUCCAAUCCCGGCCCGGAAGAAGGCGGCGGCGGCGGCGGCGCGGGGGAGGCAUGUCAGGGCGUCUCUAAGCGGGCAGCUCCCUCUCCGCCCCCGCGCGGACUCCUGCUGCGAGGCGGGCGCCGCUUCCUCUCCUCUCGCUCCGUCGCUGCGCUGCGCUCUGGCUGCGGCUGGUGGCUCCCGACGCGCAGCAUCCGCCGCCGCCGGGCGGAGCUCCGUCCCUGCCCUGCCCGGGCUGCGCAGGCCGGGAGAAGCCGAGCCCCAUCGCCCGCCGACGGACGACCAAGGAGCGCGCCCCCGUCCCUCGCUUGCUCCGCGCCCGGCAGCCGAGCCGCCAGCCGAGGCCAUGGGCGACAAAGGCACCCGGGUGUUCAAGAAAGCCAGUCCCAAUGGGAAGCUCACUGUCUACCUGGGGAAGAGGGACUUCGUGGACCACAUAGAUGUCGUCGAUCCAGUGGAUGGCGUCGUGCUGGUCGAUCCAGAAUACUUAAAAGAAAGGAAAGUUUUCGUGACCCUCACGUGCGCCUUCCGCUACGGCCGCGAGGACCUGGACGUCCUGGGCCUGACCUUCCGCAAAGACCUCUUUGUCGCCAACAUCCAAGCCUUCCCUCCGGUCACUGAGGAGAAGAAGCCUCUGACGCGGCUCCAGGAACGGCUGAUUAAGAAGCUCGGUGAGCAGGCCUACCCUUUUACCUUCGAGAUCCUUCCCAACCUUCCCUGCUCCGUGACGUUGCAGCCGGGACCCGAAGACACAGGAAAGGCUUGCGGUGUUGACUAUGAAGUGAAAGCUUUCUGUGCAGAGAGUCUGGAGGAGAAGAUCCACAAAAGGAACUCGGUGCGCUUGGUGAUCCGCAAAGUCCAGUAUGCGCCGGAGCGUCCAGGGCCGCAGCCGAUGGCCGAGACCACCCGGCAGUUCCUCAUGUCGGACAAGCCCCUGCACUUGGAAGCUUCCCUGGACAAAGAGAUUUACUAUCACGGGGAGCCGAUCAGCGUCAACGUUCACGUGACGAACAACACCAACAAGACGGUGAAGAAGAUUAAAAUCUCAGUUCGCCAAUACGCAGACAUCUGCCUCUUCAACACAGCCCAGUACAAAUGCCCCGUCGCAGUGGAAGAAGCAGACGAUGUGGUGGCUCCCAGCUCGACCUUCUGCAAAGUCUACACAUUGACCCCGUUCCUUGCCAACAACCGGGAGAAGCGCGGCCUCGCCCUGGACGGGAAGCUCAAGCACGAAGACACCAACCUGGCCUCCAGCACACUGUUGAGAGACGGCGCCAACAAGGAGGUCCUGGGCAUCAUUGUCUCCUACAAAGUGAAAGUGAAGCUGGUGGUCUCUCGCGGCGGCCUGCUGGGAGACCUUGCCUCCAGCGAUGUGGCUGUGGAGCUGCCAUUCACCCUCAUGCACCCCAAACCCAAGGAGGAGCCUCUGCAAAGGGACGUUCCAGAAAAUGAAGCUCCGAUUGACACAAAUCUCAUAGAGCUUGAUACGAAUGAUGACGACAUCGUUUUUGAGGACUUUGCCCGCCAAAGGCUGAAGGGGGUGAAAGACGAGAAGGAGGAGGACGACGACGGGAUGAGCUCCCCGCAGCUGAAUGACAGAUAAACUGGAUCUCCUCCCCGGGGGACUCUCUCUCCGUUUCCAAGUCCUGACACCUGAGCACUAGGCUUCUUAUCUUUUGUAUAAAGGUUUCUUUCUUUUUUCCGGGUUUGGGGUGGGGGUCGAGUUCCUUUGUUUUUUAAAACACUGACCAGGAACCUGUGGGGUGAGUCGGGGAGCUUGCAAGAGCCUUGGGUUCUUUUCCCACCCGCUCUGCAAGCCAGAGAUUUUUCUGGCGGCCUCCAAGGAAGGGCGAAUGCCCACCCCCCUGUGAGCCACGCUGGAGGGGGGGCUGUGUGUGUGUGUUUUCUGUCGUUGUCGUCGUUUGCCCAGGAAGGAGCAGCGGCCUUGCUUGGUAACUGUGCUCUGCUUUCUGCUGGGGGCUCUAUCCCAGUGCCCCCACCCCAUUGGCUCCAGGCCCUGCUGCUUCGCACCUCGCUCCGUUCACCUGCAGAACCCCCUGCCACAAGAUGCGGCAAUGGGCGCCUCUCGCCCUGACAGUUCCCAAGGCGAUUUUGGAGGCCUCUCGGCUGUUAAGCCAGGAGGCGGCACGCCUAGAGCUGGCUGCCGUGGACUUUGGGUCGGAUCCAGUCGAGUGCUGUACUGUCUUCCCAGGUUUUCCAUCUCUUGCCCCAAGGGCCUUUUUGAGAUGCUUAGAAUAUUAGAAUUGUAGAGUUGGAAGGGACCCUGUGGGUCAUCUAGUCCAACCCCCUGCAGUGCAGGAAUCUUUUACCCAAUGUGGGGCCCUGAGUUCGAGUCUCAUGCUCCACCCACUGAGCUGUCCCAGGUCCAAGGAGGGGCUACGACUCAGUGAGGGAGUUUAUCGGCAGGCUCACUCCCCAUCAUCUCUAGAUAAAUGGAACAAGAUAGAAAAAGAUGCACAAGUUGAUGGAAUUGAGAUGAGGGGUGAACAAAGGCAGCAGUCCGGUUUUGCAGAAUUGGAGAAUUCUCCCUUCCAAACCUGUAUUGCAUGUUCUAGACGCUUUAGCUUCAUAGAAUCGCAGAGCUGGAAGGGAACGUGCAAAAGAUGUUCGGUGAAGUUGCUCCGAUUCC